GGUGUGAAGCCGCGCGUUUCCCGAGUCUCCCGCCGGGAUACGAAUUUCCCGCGGCGCGCUGCCCGCGGGAGAGCGGAAGGUGGACUUUGUCACGUGCACGAGAGGACGAGGAUUCGUAUCGGCCGGCCGCGAGAUAAACGCGGGAUUCCGAGAAGUGCGCGAGGCGAUAAAAAAUACCCGCGCCGGGUAGUCGCCGGUGGAUUUUCGGCGCGCCAGGCGCGCCUCUUCGACUCUUCGCACCGAGGGAUCCGAGGAGAUGAGCGGAUCGGCAGCAUAACUUGUCGCAACGCAACAGCAGCUUGGAUCUCCCCGAGAACGACACUCGCCGGAAAUAUCCUCCGCCGAAGACGACUGAUCGGCCGCUGGAUCGAUGCUGGAUCCACGCGCUUUGUCGCAGGUACCCGAGGUGACAGGAUAAUACGGCAAGGAGGGUCCCUCGAAAUCCGCCGCGCUAUUGAGCCCUCAAGGUGUCCUCCCGCCCGGAGACCUCGUCUUCGCGCGAAAGCGCACCGCGAGCGUCGAAUCGCAAAAACACGACGGCCGACGAGCAGACCGCCUGUCGGCGGCCGCUCGUCACGCCUUGACGUACUCGCUCGACCCGGAGGUGGCGGCUUCUUCACGUUGAGGGAGGACAACGAGGCGAUCACAAAGCGACGCCCCGGAGCGUCGAUGUUACUAAUCGAGAGUGCGUGUGUAAUGGCUACGAGCGAGGAUGCGAGAGCGCGCGAAUAAAAGGAGCCGCUGUGACCGCGGAGGAGCGGCCGAUUAACUCGGCGACGGAGCCGAUCCGGAGCCGUUUUCCCCGAGAGAGAGAGAGAGAGAGAGAGAGAGGUGUGCAACAUCGCGACGACCAGUCAGCUCGCCGGCGGUUCAACAACGACUCGUCCCCCGAUAACGAGGACCUUGGCGAGGCGCGACACGAGGCGGCAUGCGAUCUCGCGCCGACGAGGCGGCCGAUUGACUCAACUCAGGGUGACUGCAGCUCUCUCGGCUGCGCGUGAGGCCCCCCGCGGGCGACUUCCAGCACGAGCAGCUCGGCCGGACGGGUCGAGCCGGAAACGCCGGCAAAAUUGAGUACCUCGGCAACAGCAGCAUGUACGGCGGCGGUGGCGCGGGCUACGGGCCCGACCCGGGCCCGGAACCGGGCCCUUCGCACUACGCGUCCCCCUCCGCCACGGUGGGCUACCAGUUGGCCCUACCGCCGCCGCCGCCGCCGCCGCCACCCCCGCCUGUCUGCCCCGCCAGCGGAAGUCAACUCCUGUCUUACGGCCCCGACUUAUCGCCUCAUCAUAUCCAGCAGGCCCACGCGGAGACCCAACAGCCCAAGAGGCGAAGAUCCGACGAGGACGAUCCGAGUGGUUGUAAAUACAGGAGACUGGAUGACGACAACGUGCAGGACAAGGAGAGGUUUGCCAGCAGGGAGAAUCAUUGCGAGAUCGAGCGGCGGCGGCGGAACAAGAUGACCGCCUACAUCACCGAGCUCUCCGACAUGGUGCCGACCUGCUCAGCAUUGGCCCGGAAACCCGACAAGCUCACCAUCCUGCGGAUGGCGGUGGCGCACAUGAAGGCACUCAGAGGUACCGGAAAUACCGCAACAGACAACGCCUACAAGCCGUCUUUCCUCACGGAUCAGGAGCUGAAACAUUUGAUCCUUGAGGCAGCCGACGGCUUCCUAUUCGUCGUAAGUUGCGACACCGGCAGGAUCAUCUACGUGUCGGACUCGGUCGCGCCAGUGUUGAACUACACUCAGAGCGACUGGUACGGCACUAGCCUCUACUCCCAAGUUCACCCGGACGACACCGAGAAGGUGCGCGAGCAGUUGAGCGCUGCCGAGCCCCAACACGGUGGCCGGGUGUUGGACCUCAAGACGGGGACAGUGAAGAAAGAAGGCCAAUGUAAGUUUAAAAUGGUGAAGGCGACGAGAUUUGAACCUUCGAUGCGACUGUGCAUGGGCUCGAGACGGGGCUUCAUCUGUCGCAUGAAAGUCGGCAACCUUCAGACCACGGGAGACAUGGCGGCCGCGCAUGGCCUCCAUCGUAUGAAGCAGAGGAACUCGUUGGGCCCGCCAGCACGGGACGGUCAAAAUUACGCGGUAGUGCACUGCACCGGCUACAUCAAGAACUGGCCACCCACCGGUGAUUUUGUUCCCCCAUGUGUACCAGGUGUGGGUCUAGGUGACAGAGGGGGCGUUCAAGCUGGACCAGACAGCGUCACGGAUGAGAAUGCCUCCACGCAUUGCUGCCUUGUCGCCAUUGGGCGAUUACAGGUCACUAGCACACCAAAUAAUAGCGACUUAACAGGUUCCAAUAGCAAUAGCGAAUUUAUAUCACGUCACUCUGCGGAAGGCAAGUUUACUUUCGUGGACCAAAGAGUCGGUGGGAUUUUGGGUUACACUCCAUCGGAGCUCUUGGGUCACCCAUGCUACGAUUUCUUUCAUCCGGAGGAUCUGGCGCAUAUGCGGGAGAGCUUCGAGCAAGUGUUGAAACUGAAGGGACAAGUCGUAUCUGCAAUGUACAGAUUUCGAGCCAAGAACCGCGACUGGGUAUGGCUGAGGACGUCGGCAUUCGCGUUUCUAAAUCCGUUCAACGAGGACAUCGAAUAUAUCGUUUGCACCAACACGCACACGAAGCCAGGGUAUCACCCCAGCAGCGACGGACAGCAAACAGAGAACGAAGCAGUACCUGCAUACCCACAACCUGGUCUGGAUUACUCUCUUCAGAGACACCCCGCCAGGGAUCCAUUGUACUCUGCGCAUCACAUGAUGCAGCACCCGGCGACCGUAGCUACAGCCAGUCCACAACAACCGAGGCCGUCCAGUACACAGAAUGUAUACCAGAGCUAUGAGACGACGCACUCGCCGAUAGCUUAUGGCUCACCCGGACAGCAGAGCGCGUCCUCGUCGGUCCUAAGUAGGAUUCAAAAGCCGGCUAAUACAUCCCCGACCCCGGUGCAGCAAGCGUGGGCGAUCGGUAGACAGCAACCCGUGACAGAGGGUUACCAGUAUAGUCAAUUAAGUCCAUCGAGGUCACCGAGCGGGCCGACAUACACGCAGCUCAGUAGCGGCGCUAGGACACCAGCUACUCAACAAUAUCACGCAGUCACAACAGUGCCUAAUAACCCUGGUAUGUGGGGCUGGCAGAGCCAACAGCAUCAGACACCGCAGCCCGACGGGCAGGCCGGCGCUCAGGUGGCCGCGCAAGCGCAACCGCCGCACCCGGGACAGGCUGGGCCCGGCACGCAGCCGCAGGAAUUGUCCGAUAUGUUGCAGAUGCUGCAAGAUCAAGGUGGUUCGUCUGGGUUCGAGGAACUCAAUAUGUUUACGAGUACUUUCGAGUAGCAAUGGAACAAGCACUGCGUCGGAAAGCAAUUUCCAUUCUAAAGGAACUCGCCGCUUUCCCCGACCGUUUGUUACUUGUUCGUUACCACUUGAAGUUGGCCCCGCACUUCCGCAGUGUUGUACCUUUAACUAUUAACGCACGAACCCCAGUUCAGUAGAUCCAAGUGCACUCCGCGGUAUCAUGUUAGAGAUUAUUUGAUGCUUUGGAGUGCGGGCGACGAUUUUUCUUUUUUUCAUAUUUUUUUAAAUGCGCUGUGAUGUUAUUCAACUGACCACCCGCUUUCUCACUUUCAAGACUUAAUGACACAGAAACAUUAUUGACGCAAGAAUAUGUAGAUUCAUCUUUUGAAGGUAUUGAUCUACAAUACAAGCGGGAUAAGUGGCAAAUCGCCGCUCGUGAUGAGAUUGUAACAUAACCGUGACGAAUACAAUAUUGAAGAAAGUCGUUCGCGAUAAUUGGGUAUCUGCUCACUAAUGACUCCCGCAUUUGUUCCAACGAUAGCAAUAAAGAAUCCGUUUACCCAGCAUCUUUCUAAAAUUGCGAACAUCUAAUCGGGAUUCAGAGUCGUUCGACAGCCAAAAUCCUACAAUGGCAAAUUUUCGGACAUACGCGGCCUCGCGGCGGUCAUCUCGAAGUUAGUAUGAGCCGGCGGAAUCCAAAAUAAUAACAUGUAAAAACCAAUUGGCGCGAUAGGUAUGUGACGCACAUCAGCGGAGCAGUGGAGCCAUGAUUACUGUUGGAUCUUUAAUCCAACAUUUAUGAUGGUUGGUACAUAUACAGUACUGGAUGAAAUAUAAAACACGCACCUCGAACCUUUUCACGUCUACGUGGAUAAUUCGGUAGUCUUGAAAGAUAGAAUAAUUAUGUACUCGGGGACAAAAGGGUUUCUUAGUCUGCUUUUAAGUUUUAAGUGAAAAACUUCAGAAACAUUAAAAACUCAAGAUAAACAUAAUAAUUAAUGUAAUAGACUCGACCAUCAAAGAGUUUUUAAUGUUUUCCGAAUUUCUCCACUUGAAAUUUAAAAGUUGACUAAGAAACCUGCCGGAUUAUUCACUCAAACGUGAAAAUGUUCGAGAUGCGUACUUUAUGUUGUCCAGUACUGCAGUACAUGUAAUUUUUGAAAAGAAUGACAUACCAAGAAGUGUUUCUUUUUCAUUAAACAACAUGGUUUAUGUAUUAUCCGACGAGACAACAUUUCUAUCAAAUCCCACACAUAAGUGUGCAUUGAUUAGCAUAAAUUGCAUUGAUAUAAAUUUUAGGGGUGCUAUUCAGAGACAACGUGUGAAACCGUAAUAAUCUUCGUGAAUAUGGUCUAGCCUGUUCAUGGAUUAACGAUAAGGUUAUGUUAUUCAGAAACAUUUUCAGAAAUUCAGAAAUGGUUUAAAUUCGGACUGUGAAAAUUAAACCCUUCGGGCGGUAUUUAUAGCCUUAAAUUCAUCUUCAGACACUUCGUAGCCAGUGAAAUGUAAUCAUCAGGGAAUUGUCAAAGCGUGACUUUUGAGGUUCGUGUCUACAUUUUGAGACUCCUUUUUUUUAAUUUGUGACAAUGAAAUUAUCAAUGAAUACAUCAAAUAAAAUGAAGCGAAGUAGGAAGGCUAAUUGAAGCACAGAGGAGAAAAGUUCCCUGGCGGAUUCGAUAUUAAAAAGAAAGAUUGUUAACAUUGAAUAAGAUAUACAGAUGCGAAUAGAACCAAACAAGAAUAUUAGCAGGAGAUUCACCUGUAGCAGUUGAAGGUUAAACCAACCUUUUAGACUGACUCUACAGGCAGUUUAAA